AGCAUGUUAUUCAAUGGCAUGAACGUUUUACAUCUUAUAAGAUUUAUGUGUGUUAAGCUAGAUUAAUUUAUAGCAAUUACUGUGAAUAUUAUCAAUUAUCGAAUUGUAAUAUAUUACUGUUGAAGUGGAUGUACAACAUGCAGAAUACAAAUUAUAAAAAUAGGGGUGACAAAAAGAAACUCUCUUGGAUCUACAGAAAGAAAACGAAAUUACAGAAGUCUAAUAAAUCAACAGAAAAUAGAAAUAAUGAUACAGACGAAAAUAAGAAGCCUAGAAUUAUUGUGCGUAAUUUAUCGUUUAAGGCAACGGAAAAUGACAUCAGAAAGUUUUAUGAACCAUUUGGUCAAAUAGAAGAAAUAAAUGUUCUAAAACGUGAGGAUGGUACCUUAGUAGGAUGUUGUUUCAUUCAAUUUAAAAAGUUAGAGGAUGCAUCAAAAGCAAUAUUUAAUACACACAAGAAAGAAUUUCAUGGUAGAGUAAUAAGCAGUAGUUGGGCAGUUCCAAAAUCUAAAUAUUGUGAAAAAUUGCAAGAAUUUAAAAAAAAUUCAGAAAAUACAGAAAAUUACAAUGCAGAGAAAUAUGAAGAAAAAGAACAAGAAGAAGAAGAAGAAGAAGAAGAAGAAGAACCAUUUAAAAGGGAGGAGUUUAUAAAAAGAAAGCAAGAAAGGAGAAAAGCUCUGAAGGAAAAAAAUCGUAAAAAAAGAGCAAGGAUUGUGAUAAGAAAUUUGUCUUUUCAGGUGACAGAAGAAAACUUAAAAGAACAUUUUUCUCAGUACGGAACAAUAGAAGAAAUAAAGCUUCUAAAAAGAGGCGAUGGGAAACACGUCGGAUGCGCAUUUCUGCAAUUCGAACUUGUACAAAGCGCAGCAAAGGCCAUACAUUAUGCCAAUUUGCAACCGCUUUUAAAUAGACCUAUCGUCGUUGAUUGGGCAGUGCCCAAGAAUAAGUUUUCUAAGGACGAUUCAGAGAAUGUAAAAGACGAUGUAGAAGUAAAAAUAGAAAAGGAAAGCGAUACGGAAGAAGCGCACGAAGAAUUAGGUAGUGAUAAAGAAUGUGUAGAUGCCGCAGGGAAUAACGAAUCCGAUAGUGAAGAUAUAACAUCGGAAAAUGAGGACGUUAUUUCAGAUGAGAAACUAUUGGAAGAUGACGAAGUAUCCGUAGAUGAUCAAAAAGAAGAUAUGGAUGAACAAACAGAAACAAAAGAUGUAAAGGAAACAAAACUUCCACGAUACGAGUCUCACGACGUUUCGGAGGGGAAGACCAUAUUUUUAAAAAAUUUACCAUUUUCUGUGAAAAACGAACAAUUGAAAAAUUACAUGCAACGAUUUGGACCCGUUUAUUAUGCACUUGUAUGCAUGGAUCCGCUCACUGAAUAUUCAAAGGGUACGGCUUUUGUUAAAUUCAAGAAUGUUGAGGAUGCUGACAAAUGUCUGUCAGCAGGAAAGGAGUUAGAAAUAGAGGAUCAAAUAGUCGAAGCACAAAAGGCGAUAGACAGAAACGAAAUCACCAAUAAAGCAAAUUUGAAGCAGGUUAAAUACAAAGAUUCCAGAAAUUUGUAUCUGGUGAAAGAAGGAGUUAUAUUGGCUGGAAGUCCAGCUGCUUCUGGAGUAUCAGCAGCAGAUAUGGCGAAACGAUUACAAAUAGAACAAUGGAAAUCACAGAUAUUACGAAAUUUUAAUAUGUUUGUAUCGAGGGCUCGACUAGUGGUUCACAAUAUACCACCUACUUUGGACGAUGCUAAGCUCAGAAAAAUUUUCGAAAAAUAUGGCCCAACAAACGCAAUUAUUAGAGAGGCACGUGUCAUGCGAAAUCUCAAAGACAUUGAUACGAAAGGAGUAGGAAAAUCGAAGGAGUAUGGAUUUGUUUCAUUUACAAAACACGAAGACGCGCUUCAAGCUCUGAGAAGCGUAAAUAAUAAUCCGAAUGUAUUUACUCCAAAAAAGAGACCGAUAGUGUCUUUUUCGAUAGAAAAUCGGAUUAUGGUGAACGCUAAACGAAGAAGAGUUGAAAAAAGUCGCGAGAACAAUCCUCUUUGGUCGGGAAAUAAAAUAAAAAGGAAAGGAGAAGACACAAAUGUAGAAGUUUCCACGAAAAAGUUGAAACCUGGGAAAGCAGACGAGUUGAACAAGAAACCAUACGCUGGAAUGGUUGGGAAACCGGGCGAAAAUAAAUUACGUUCGAAAUUUAAGUUGAAAACCCAAGCAAAGUUACAUAACGAGACGGUGAAGAAAGAGAAAAAAUUAAACAAAUCUUCUAAGAAGUUACAAGAAAAAAGAAAACAGAGGAAUGAAAAUAAAAAAGUAGUUAAGCCAAAACAAAGAACAAAGACAAACGCAGCUGACGCAAAUUUAGAUAAUCUUGUAAAUAUAUAUAGGGACAAAUUACAAUCUAUAGAAUUGAGAAAGUCUAAAUGGUACGAAUCACAGGAUUGAACUAUUCGUGUAUAGUAAACAUUAAAAAGCUAUUAAAAGGUUACUUGUCUCUGUUUGUAAUGUAAGAAUAAUAAUGUUUCAAUAUGUUUAAGUUUCAUGUAAUUAUAUUCAAUAGAAUUUUCGGUAAAAAAAUUUGCUACGGUCUUAAUUAUACGUCUGACAAAAUAGACAGUGUCUAGAAACAUAAGGAAAAAAGUAAGUAUUUAUAUUUAGUUUCGAGUUUCGAUAUCUCGCAAUGUUCCGGUUCCGGAUCCGGAUUCGGGUUUUGGGUUUUAAUGCAGAGAGAACAUUUAUCGAUGUUAAUUGAAUUUGUAAUAAGUUGUAUGUAAAUAAUCAUUUAGAAAACCCCUCUGGCCAAAUUAAAUGCUUGUGAAGUUUGAUCUACUUUGUAAAACACUGGUUGACGUUCUGUAGGGGUUAGGAUAUAUGUCUAACGCUUUGAAAGAAAUAUCGAAUGAAAGUAGACAGGGAUCUGCGUGGUAAAUUACACGUAACGAAGAGUUCUUUCAAAAUACACGAGUUUCGAUAAAUUCAAGUUUCCCCUCUUUGUGAUUUCCUCCCACUUCGAGUUGUCCCUUUCUUUGAGACGACUAUCAUGCUUGAAUAGUGUUUAACAGUUGGCGGGAAUCGUUGAAGAAUAAAAGUGUAUCUCUUACCUUAGUUCUGAUCGAGAGUGUUCCCAUUCGUAAAGUAUUCAUUGUGCGCGAUACACGUACCCAGAAAAUCGACUAUAAAACUCGUUAUGCGUGAUAGUUAAUUUUAAACAACGUGGUCGAAUGUCAUACAAACUGGUUAAUAAAUUAAUUUACCCGAAUUUUAUCUUUACCGAAAUCACUGAUUGCGAUAGCAUGUUCGUGUCAUUUGAGAACGAACGUUUCGAACGACAGCACGUAGACUUAUAAUUGUGUCGUAUUAAACUUUAGUUAUAAGCGAAGAAGAAUUUCGUUCGUAUUGUGUAAGUACCAACAGAUUCGUAUUAAAAAAUUACGUUUUACAAGAACAUUGUUAGGGAAAAGUUAAAAAUUAUCCUUGGGGUAGUAAAUUGAUAUAAUCGCAUCGUUCUUUCGUCGCGAAUGUAAAUUGCAUUAAAUAAAUAAUACAGUUGCAAAUUAAGCAGAGUCCUUAACCUUUUCGCCGUUGAAUUGAUCGGCGAUCAGGAAUUUCUUUAACGCUGAAUUAACUUCACAAUUUAUUUGUUAAUAAUCGUACAUAUACUUAUUACUAGAACUACCGACAAUUAUAGUGUAUUUAUUUAUACCAAAGAAAUUAAAACACUAGAUACACAAAGAAAUGUGUAAUACAAUAGAAAUAAGUGUUUAUUCAUUUUCUUACGGAAAAUUGCAGUAAAUUUUCAAAAAUUCGGUCAAGUAAAUUUAUUAGAAAUUAUGACUGGGUCAUUUUGACUACUUUUGGUAGUUCUAGUGUUGUAUAUGAAAGUUAAAAAAAAGUGAAUGAAAUAUAAAAAUUUAUGAUUGUACUUGUAAAUACGAACUUUAAUUCGAUUGCACGAAAGGAUGGUUGAUCAAAUGAAGAGCAUUGUGUCAUUUAGAUCGCAAGUGUCAAUGACGUUAAGUAAACGCAAUAAUAAUUAGAGUAUUUACGAAACAAAAACU